AUGGACGAUAAAAGAAUCCCUGACAUGAUUCCGGAUCUGGAAACACAGCGACAUACAGCAAUAUCAGAAAAAGCCCCGGAUGGAGGUUACGGAUGGGUCGUUACAGCAUCAGUCGCCAUCGUCAACGGCCAUUCCUGGGGAAUAAACGCCGCUUAUUCAGUCUUCCUCGCCUAUUUUGUCAAAGAAGAUACAUUCCCUGGCACACAACCACUUGUGUACGCCAUGGCCGGUUCACUGGGCGUUGGCGUGAUGAUGCUGAUUUCACCAUUAGCUACCAUCAUGGCCAGGGAGCUCGGGACAAGACCUACUAUGCUCACAGGAGCUGUGGUCCAGUCGGUUAGUCUUGUUUGUGCAAGCUUGUCAACUGAGAUCUGGCAGCUUUACCUCUCCCAGGGAGUCCUCUUUGGGAUUGGCAUGGGAUUGCUUUUCCUACCUUCUUAUGGCAUUAUCUCACAGUGGUUUACAAGACGAAGGGCAUUGGCUAAUGGAAUCGCUAUUGCUGGUGCUGGACUCGGCGGAUUGACUUACUCGCUGGCCACUGGGGCUAUUAUUCGCAACAUGGGCUUGGGGUGGGCGUAUCGAAUCCUCGCCAUUAUGUCUACUGUGGCGAACAUCAUCUGUACUAUUCUCAUACGAACACGGUACGAGUCACAGUCAAGAUUGGCCUUCGAUACCAGCCUAUUCCGCAGACCUGAGUAUCUACUUGUCUUGGGUUACGGUGCUUUCAGCAUGCUCGGCUACUUUGUUCUUAUCUUCACCCUCGCCAACUACGCAAAUGUCAUUGGAUUACAGUCUUCUCAAGCUUCGAUGAUCCCGGCCUUCUUCAUGUUCGGCCAAGCCAUCGGCCGUCCAUGCGUUGGAUGGCUCAGUGACCGGUUUGGCAGAAUCAACCUAACAUUCAUCAUGUCCUUCACAACCGGUAUCCUGAUAUUCGCUCUAUGGAUCAAUGCCAAGACGUUUGGUGUACUUCUUGCGUUUGCUCUUGUUGGUGGAUUAUCAGCUGGUGUAUUCUGGGUCAACAUAUCGCCAGUCCUCGUCGAAGUUAUUGGGCUGGAGGAUCUGGCGUCGGGACUGAGCUGUCUCUGGGUUGUGAUGGCUGCUCCGUCGACUUUUAGUGCGCCCAUAGCUUUGGAGAUCUAUACCGGAACUGGGAGUUAUCUUGGGGCACAGCUUUUUACUGGUUUAAUGUAUAUCGCAGCGGCGUUUUGUAUGCUUUUGGUGAGGUGGAAGAUUAAGAGCCGGGUGGAGAAUGGGAAAGGAAGCCGAGUGAGAAGUUUCUUUAGGCUUAAUAUUGUUUAA